GAAUGCAGCCUUUAUUUGUUCAAAAAGCGAUACCAAUAAAACUGAGAUAGACGUUACUGAAACUGUUCUAAUUUCAAAAAAAGCCUUUGACGAUGAGAAGUCAGUUUUAUUACUUUUAAGAACACGCAAUACAAAUGAAUUCGACAUUACAAAAAACCUGUUCCAAAGAAAGAGUGAAAGAUUUGAUACAUACAAUAAAAUAAUCCAAGUGGAUUUUUUUCAAUUCAAAGAUCGAAUCUUUAAAGUGGUUAAUGUUCCUGAAUAUGAAGCAAACGAUAAAACACAUUAUCUUAAAAUGUUGAACAAUUCUAUCUGUCUAAGCCCAGAAGGAUACAGCGCCUUUAUAAUUGUUUUUACGGCUAAAGAAUACAAAGAAGCCAAUCGCAUUAUUUACAAGCUAGUUGAUGCAUUUGGAAAAGAUGUGCUCAAUUAUUUAAUUUUAAUUUUAGUAGAAGACGUGGAAAGAACAUUUUAUCAAAAAGAACUUAAACAAUUGAAAUAUCUAUGCGAUGGAAGGUGUUUUGUGUAUGACUCCAAUCCAGAUGUGUGUCGUAUCAUACAUACUUUUGUUGUUGACAUGAAUUAUUUGUACGUGAAUAAUUCUUUUAAAAUGCGAUUUGAGAAAUCACAAUUAUACACUGAUAUUUUGCUGGAAAACAUUAUCCAAGACAUUUCUUUAUUGUUUCAAAGUAACGAAAGAGCUGAAAAGAGAGAAAAAAGAAAAAAAUGUUUACGUCAAAACUGGGAUAAUCUGAAGAUUAUAAUGGAUCCUUCAACAAGCAGAUUUGAAGACAUCCAAUUCCUUAUCGAUUUUUGUUUAACAGAAAUAUGUGAAACCGGGAUUGCAGAAAACAGUAGCAAAAAAAUAUCCGAAGAUUUUGAGAAAUGUUUGGAAUCUGUAAAAUAUGACCAUAUAAAACAAUCAAUAUCUGAGAGGACAAAAUUUCUAGGCAACAUUUUCAAUUUGGAUGAAAUUUAUUUAACAUGUGUAACAGCUAACGUUUAGUCACGUUUAUUAUUUUCUAAGUAGUUUUAAGCAGACACAUUACUUAAUCAUUAUUUUAAUUUUUUAAAUUCGUAAGGAUGUAGCUUUUUUUUGUAGGUAUUGCAAGGGUAUGAGAAUAUGUGAGUGUAUUGUAAAAUGAUUUAAAUUAAUAAACGAUUGUGGCGAGCUACGUAAGGAUAUAGCUGUUGAGGGAAAUAGGUUAGGGCGAUCUUCGUAAUAUUGUUCUACGGUGUGAAUGUAUUCGUCUGUCGUUGUGAAUGUAUUAAAGUCUUCAUUUAAGUUCUGGAAGUUGUCCGUGUCUA